GUAAAGUUGAGGAUGGGAGAAAUAAGAGAGAGAGAGAGAAACUUAAAGAUAAAUAGUAGAGAUAGGGUUAAAGCAUUGACGACGAAAAAGGCUUCUUCGAUCUACACUUCUCUUCUCUUCUCUACCUCUCGCAGGCAAGGUUGUUAAUGGCGGAAUCAUCCAAAGUCAUUCAUGUUCGUAAUGUCGGACAUGAGAUUUCUGAAAAUGAUUUGCUUCAGCUUUUCCAACCAUUUGGUGUCAUAACUAAGCUCGUCAUGCUCAGGGCAAAGAAUCAGGCUCUUCUCCAGAUGCAAGAUGUUUCUUCAGCAAUCACUGCUCUUCAGUUCUUCACUAAUGUGCAGCCAACCAUAAGAGGUAGGAAUGUGUAUAUCCAAUUCUCGUCCCACCAAGAAUUGACAACAGCCGAGCAGAAUAUUCAUGGACGUGAAGAUGAGCCGAAUCGUAUUCUCUUGGUCACAGUCCAUCACAUGCUGUAUCCAAUUACUGUUGACGUCCUGCAUCAAGUUUUUUCUCCCUAUGGAUUUGUGGAGAAGAUCGUCACUUUCCAGAAGUCUGCUGGUUUUCAAGCUCUUAUACAGUAUCAGGCACAACCGUGUGCUGCCUCUGCUAGGACUUCUCUACAGGGUCGUAACAUAUAUGACGGCUGUUGUCAGUUGGAUAUCCAGUUCUCAAAGUAUGCUCUGCCUCUUGCUUACAUAUUGCAUUUCAUUGUUACAUUUUUAGUCUCUAGGGUUGUCGUGAGUAUUGACUGCUCUUUCAUUUUCAGCCUUGAGGAGCUGCAAGUAAAUUACAACAACGAUCGAUCUAGGGAUUAUACAAAUCCAAACCUGCCAUCAGAGCAAAAAGGCCGUUUACCUCACCCUGGCUACGGUGAUGCAGGAGUGGCAUAUCCUCAGAUGGCAAACACAUCUGCGAUUGCAGCUGCCUUUGGCUGUGGCUUGCCUCCGGGUAUAACUGGCACAAACGAUAGGUGUACAAUCCUUGUCUCUAAUCUUAAUACUGAUAGUGUUGAUGAGGAUAAGCUGUUCAAUCUGUUUUCUCUUUACGGGAACAUUGUGAGGAUAAAGCUUCUUCGUAACAAACCUGACCAUGCCCUUGUCCAAAUGGGAGAUGGUUUCCAGGCUGAGCUUGCAGUACAUUUCCUUAAGGGAGCAAUGCUGUUUGGUAAGCGGCUAGAGGUAAACUACUCGAAGCAUCCAAAUAUUACACCAGGAACAGACUCGCAUGACUAUGUAAACUCGAACCUGAACCGCUUCAACCGCAAUGCUGCAAAAAACUACCGCUAUUGCUGCUCCCCUACCAAGAUGAUUCACUUGUCCACUCUUCCGCAAGACGUGACAGAGGAAGAAGUGGUGAACCAUGUCCAAGAACACGGGGCGAUACUGAACACAAAAGUGUUUGAGAUGAACGGGAAAAAGCAAGCUCUGGUGCAGUUUGAGAACGAGGAGGAAGCUGCGGAAGCACUGGUUUGCAAGCACGCGACCUCUCUAGGCGGAUCAAUUAUCAGAAUCUCCUUCUCUCAGCUACAGACAAUUUAAAGUCGACAAAGGCCUCUCUCUCUUUUCUCUCUCUCACCUCUAAUAACAUUUGGGUAUGGUGAGGAUGAUGAAUGUGUGUUUCUUUAACUCAAAUAUCUCUGCUACUUGUUUGGACUUUUCUGCACUCUUUUUAAACUUGGUCCCUUGGUUUAAAUUUGUUUUUGUUGAUUUAAUGGUAAUAAACAUUUAAUGGUUA